GCCGGGGCCAUGGCCGGCGGGGCGGCAGAUCCCGGGGCCGAGCUGCGGGCCUUCGGGUGGUUCGGGGACUCGAACGCGCCGCGGCCCUACGGCGACGGCCCGGGCAGCCUGCGGGAACUGCGGGCGCGCGAGUUCGGCCGCCUGGCAGGGACUGUCUACCUCGACCAUGCAGGAGCCACCUUGUUCCCCAAGAGCCAGCUUGAAAACUUCACUCGUGAUCUCAUGGAAAACGUUUAUGGUAAUCCUCACAGCCAGAACAUCAGCAGCAAGCUCACCCAUGACACCGUGGAGCAAGUGCGCUACAGGAUCCUGGCGCACUUCCGCACCACCCCCGAAGACUACAGCGUGAUUUUCACCGCCGGGAGCACGGCCGCUCUCAGACUGGUGGCAGAGGCCUUUCCGUGGGUGUCCCGGGGCCCGGAGAGCAGCGGGAGCCGCUUCUGUUACCUCACCGACAGCCACACCUCCGUGGUGGGCAUGAGGAAGGUGACCGCGGCCGUGAACGUCACGUCCACCCCGGUCAGGCCAGAGGACUUGCGGUCGGUGGAGGAACCGGGUGCCGCGGCCGGUGGCCCCGACUGCCCGCUGCCGCACCUCUUCUGUUACCCGGCUCAGAGCAACUUUUCUGGAACCAGGUACCCGCUGUCCUGGGUCGCGGACGUGCGGGCCGGGCGGCGGCGCCCCGUGGGCGCGCCCGGGAGGUGGUUCGUGCUGCUCGACGCGGCCUCCUACGUGAGCACCUCGCCUCUGAACCUGGCGGCGCACCCGGCUGACUUUGUCCCCAUCUCCUUCUACAAGAUCUUCGGAUUCCCCACGGGGCUGGGCGCGCUGCUGGUCCACAAUCGCGUGGCUCCUCUGUUGAGGAAGACCUACUUUGGGGGAGGCACGGCCGCCGCCUACCUCGCCGGAGAAGACUUCUACAUCCCCAGACCCUCGGUGGCGGAAAGGUUUGAAGAUGGCACCAUCUCAUUCCUUGACGUGAUCGCGCUGAAACAUGGAUUUGAUGCCCUCGAGCGGCUCACAGGUGGGAUGGAGAACGUAAGGCAGCACACCUUCACCUUGGCGCGGUACACCUACGCCGCCCUGGCCUCUCUCCGGUACCCCAACGGAGCUCCCGUGGUGCGGAUUUACAGCGAUUCGGAAUUCAGCAGCCCCGAGGUGCAGGGUCCAAUCAUCAAUUUUAAUGUGCUGGAUGACAGUGGGAACGUCAUUGGUUACUCCCAGGUGGACAAGAUGGCCAGUCUGUACAACAUCCACCUGCGAACCGGCUGCUUCUGUAACACCGGGGCCUGCCAGAGGCACCUGGGGAUAAGCAACGAGAUGGUCAGGAAGCACCUUGAGGCCGGUCAUGUCUGUGGAGACAACAUCGACCUCGUGGAUGGGCAGCCUACCGGCUCAGUGAGGAUUUCGUUCGGAUACAUGUCUACGCUGGAGGAUGCCCAGGCCUUUCUCAGGUUCAUCGUAGACACCCGCCUGCGCUCGGCUGGUGGCCAGCCUGUCCCUCAGGCCUGUGCUGCCGGGGAGGCCAGAGCCCCUUCAGCAGAGGGUGAGGGCAGCCCUGGCCUCUCCCCGCAGGAAGGCACUCUCACAGACGCCAGGGUUUGGACCGAAUCAUCCUCCGCUGUCCAUGCCGUGGCUGUGCUCCCACCUCUGUGUGAGGCCACCAGAACCCAGCAGACACCUUCAGAGAAAGCUGCAGGGGUCCGGGACGGGGACCUCGGGCCACAUGUUAUCACCAACCUUUACCUCUACCCGAUCAAAUCCUGUGCUGCGUUUGAGGUGACCAGGUGGCCUGUAGGAAACCAAGGGCUGCUGUACGACCGGAGCUGGAUGGUUGUGAAUCACAACGGCAUUUGCCUGAGUCAGAAGCAGGAGCCACGGCUCUGCCUGAUCCAGCCCUUCAUCGACCUGCAGCAAAAGAUCAUGGUCAUCAAAGCCAAAGGGAUGGAGCCUAUAGAGGUGCCUCUUGAAGAAAACAGUGAACGGGCUCAGAUUUACCAGAGCAAGGUCUGCGCUGACAGGGUAAACACUUACGAUUGUGGAGAAAAGGUUUCAAGCUGGUUGUCAAAGUUUUUUGGCCGUCCAUGUCAUUUGAUCAAACAAAGUUCCAACUUUCAAAGGAAUGCAAAGAAGAAACAUGGACAAGAUCAAUGUCCUGGGACAGCAGCCACCCUUUCUCUGGUGAAUAAAGCACAGUAUCUGCUGGUAAACACAUCAAGCAUUUCGGAACUUCACCAGCAGUUAAACGCCAGUGACCAGAAUGGAAAGGGGGAAUUAUUCCCCAUGAAAGAUCUCAUCUUGCGUUUUCGUGCCAAUAUUAUUACCAAUGGAACGAAGGCUUUCGAAGAAGAGAAAUGGGAUGAGAUUUCAAUUGGUUCCUUGCGUUUCCAGGUUUUGGAGCCUUGCCACAGAUGUCAGAUGAUUUGCAUUGAUCAGCAAACUGGGCAACGAAACCAAGGUGUUUUCCAAACACUUUCUGAGAGUCGCGAGAGAAAGGUGAACUUUGGAGUGUACCUGAUGCAUACGUCUUUGGAUUCAUCUUCUCCGUGUUUCCUGUCUGUAGGAUCUCAGGUGCUGCCUGUGUUGAAAGAGAACGUGGAAUGCCAUAACAUACCUGCUUCCGAGGAACACCAAGAUGUUAUCUCUUAAAAUUUUUUUCUAGCAUACAUUAAAGUUUCUCUUUUACAUUUA